AUGGAUAUGGACGAUGAUCCAGAUCAAGAGAUGCCACCUUCUGGGACGCCUACGCAUCCCAUAAGUAUUUCUAGAAGUUCUUCAUUUGCAGGAUCUCCCUAUCGAGGUCCCGACACUUAUAGAGAAUGGUUUGGGCAAUGGGAUUUUGUCAACACCCCUUCUUUUCACAACACUCCUCCACAGCCUCCAUUGGAGGAACCACACUUCAAGGCGGUAACUCCACCGCCAUUGCCAGUUGAGGAACCACCUCAACUACCUCAACCACCUCCUGAGCCACCAAGAUGGAGGAGGAACGCACGAAUGUUUGUGCGAGGGGGACCUAGAUUCAGUUCCCCACAAGCUUCAAGCACUUACCCUCCAAUCCCCGAAGAUCUACAAAUGGGUGGACCUUCUCACGCGGUGCCGGAAAUCGAUACCACGCCGGUUACCUCUGCACCACCGCCACCGCCGAUAGGUUAUGAAAACCCAAUACCUACUUACCCAGGUUUGACUGGUUAUAACCCGUUUGAGUAUCAAGCUCCUACUGGUUAUGAAUAUCAAGCCCCUGCUCAUGACCCUUAUGUUGAAGCAGCUAUUUUAACGCUCUUUAUCCCUCACCGUUUCCACCAGCAUACCUAA